AUUCACUCCUACACAUAUAAACACCGACCCCAGCCCUUGACGACCAUGUAAAAUAUAUCCUUAAAAAUCGUUCACCUUGGUAUAUUCUUUGCGUUCACCCGCUCCUGACCUCCAUCUCAAACCGGUUUGUCAAUGUCAGUUCUUUAAAUUGACAGUUCAAUUUUUCCGUAUUUGGUUAAAUGCUUUUGUAUUUGUAUCUUUAACUAAAACCUCUUGUAAAAUGUUAAACAAUUUCAGAUAUCGCAUUACAGUUACAAAUGUUUGCAAUACAGUACAAACUGUAAUGAAAAACACAUUGCAUUUGGCAUAUAAUUUACAAAAUAAAAUAGACAAGAAAAUAAUGCUGAAAUCUUUGCCAAGAAAAGAUGAAGGAACUAUAGGAGAAAAAAAUGCCAAUAUUUCCACUUUUGAAGUAUAUCCUAAUAGCUUCAUAGACACACUUGUUGUUGGUGGAUUAAGAUUUCGAGACCUACCUAUUAUAAAUAUUAGAACUUCAAGAAAUAAUACUAUUAUAAAUGUUACAGAUGAAAAGGGAGUGCCUAAAUUCAUACAUUCCUGUGGUAUAGAAGGCUUUAAGAAUGCAAGAAAAGGCACAAAUAUUGCGGCGCAAAGUACUGCUGUAACCUUCGGAAGGCGAUUGAUAGAAAAAGGAAUAGACACUGUUAAAGUUAGAAUUUCAGGUUUAGGACCAGGAAGAAUAUCUUCUAUUAAAGGAUUACAAAUGGUAGGUUUAAAUAUUAUAUCCGUUACUGACUCUACAAAAGUCUCAUGGAAUCCUCUCCGUGCAAGAAAACAAAGAAAAUUAUAAAAGACGAAAAAAUACCUAUUAGUAAUUGUACUCAUUUCAUAAGAAAUAUAUUUAUUGCCCA